CACGAAUCCAUGCCUCCUUCGGAAAGACUAUUGAAAACAAAUUUCAGGACUCUGUCCGCAGCCGGGCAAAGAAACAAGGCUAUCUGACAGGUAAGGUGUCUCGACCUCUCUGACUCAGAUGGAGAGGUCCAGGGGGAGCGCGGGCUCCGCGGCUCUAGUGCCCGCGGCUUAGGGAACCACGGACUACAAGUCCCGCCAGGCCGCGCGGCGCCUCCGCUUCAUUAGGCGCAAUCAGUGGGUGGCGGAAAGCAAAGUCCCUGCGAACCCCGUCACCCGCGUGCGGUGUGGAACCUGGCGCCACGUCCCUGCGUCCCUUGCGGGUCUGGGAACAUGGCCAGAAGGGCUCUCAAGCUUGCUUCGUGGACCAGCGCGGCUCUGGCUGCCUCGGGCUUCUACCUCUACAGUAACAAGUACUUGGAUCCCAGUGACUUCGGCGCUGUCAGGGUGGGCAGAGCCGUUGCCACGACAGCUGUCAUCAGUUAUGACUAUCUCACGUCCCUGAGGAGUGUCCCCUAUGGUUCAGAGGAGUACUUGCAGCUUCGAUCCAAGGUGCACCUCCGUUCUGCCAGGCGUCUCUUUGAGCUGUGCUGUGCCAACCGGGGCACUUUCAUCAAGGUGGGCCAGCACCUGGGGGCCCUGGACUACCUGCUGCCGGAGGAGUACACCAGCACGCUGAAGGUGCUCCACAGCCAGGCCCCGCAGAGCAGCAUACAAGAGGUCCGCCAGGUCAUCCGUGAGGACCUGGGCCAGGAGAUUCAGGAUUUGUUUGUGAGCUUUGAUGACACCCCUCUGGGGGCCGCCUCCCUGGCCCAGGUCCACAAGGCGGUGCUGCGUGAUGGGCGGACGGUGGCCGUGAAGGUCCAGCAUCCAAAGGUUCAGGCUCAGAGUUCGAAGGACAUUCUUCUGAUGGAGGUGCUUGUCCUGGCUGUGAAGCAGCUGUUUCCAGAGUUUGAGUUCAUGUGGCUGGUGGAUGAAGCCAAGAAGAACCUGCCUUUGGAGCUGGAUUUCCUCAAUGAAGGGAGGAAUGCUGAGAAAGUGGCCCAAAUGCUCAAACACUUUGACUUCUUAAAGGUCCCCCGCAUCUACUGGGAGCUGUCCACCAAACGGGUCCUUCUGAUGGAGUUUGUGGACGGCGGCCAGGUCAAUGACAGAGACUACAUGGAGAGGAACAAGAUUGACGUCAACGAGAUCUCGUGCCACCUGGGCAAGAUGUACAGCGAGAUGAUCUUUGUCAAUGGCUUCGUGCACUGUGACCCGCACCCCGGCAACGUGCUGGUGCGGAAGCGCCCAGACACAGGGAAGGCGGAGAUCGUCCUGCUGGACCACGGGCUCUACCAGGUGCUCACAGACGAGUUCCGCCUGGAUUACUGCCACCUCUGGCAGUCGCUGAUCUGGACUGACAUGGAGAAGGUGAAGAAGUACAGCCAGCGCCUGGGAGCCGGGGAGCUCUACCCCUUGUUUGCCUGCAUGCUGACCGCCCGGUCUUGGGACUCGGUCAACAAGGGCAUUGGCCAAGCUUCGGUCACUGCCACAGAGGACGCAGAGAUCCGCAACAAUGCAGCCAGCUACCUCCCCCAGAUCAGCCAGCUCCUCAACCAUGUGCCUCGCCAGAUGCUGCUCAUCUUCAAGACCAACGACCUGCUCCGUGGCAUUGAGGUCGCCCUGGGCACCCGUGCCAGGGCCAGCUCCUUCCUCAGCAUGUCACGUUGCUGCAUCAGAGCGCUGGCUGCGCACAAGAAGAAGAACACCUGCUCGUUCUUCAGAAGGACCCAGAUCUCUUUCAGAGAGGCCUUCAGCUUAUGGCAAAUCAACCUUCAUGAACUCAUUCUGUGUGUGAAGGAGUUGAGGUUGGCCACCUGGGUCUUGGCCCUGCUUCGCCGGCUGUUGCCCACUUCAUACUGAGUGGACUUGCUGUCCCCUUUCCCUUUCCAGGGUGACUCUGUGGUGGGCAAGUGGACUUUCCACUCCUCACUCUUUUGUCAUGUCCCCAGCCAGGUACCCUGUUUCUGUCACAUGGUAACCUGGAGCCCCACAGUCAUUGUCCAUGGCACCAUUACACUCCACCUCUAGAAUCCCUCUCCUACACUGUAGGCCUUGUCUCAUAGGCUAUGCAAGCUGUCCUAUGCAAGAGGUUGCUCUCCUUAUCCAGGGAGAUGGCAUAAACAGUCUGUUUCCCACUCCUGGUGGGCGCCACUGGGUUGGAUGUCCCCUGGUGGGUGCCAUUGAGCUGCAGGUCCCCCUACUUCCGGUAAUCAUUCCUACUGUCAGGAUGGACCACGAAUCCCACUGACUUCCUACAUGAAUUUCUACAUUUAACUUGUGGGAAGUUGGAUUUUGUUGGAAGAGAGCACAGUUUCUGAGUUGCUCGGAGCAGAUUCCCUCUCCUUGCCCUGUCAUUCCCAGAGGUGUUGCACCUGAGCAAGGUGACUUGGCAUCCGAGGCAUGAGUUCACGGUUGUCCUGGUGACCCCUUUGGUGUUUUAUGUACUGCAUUUCAAUAAAAACCCCUUCAGGGUCGCAGGGAAGGGCUUUGUUUGUGGGAUUUUUAUUCUAGAUUGGGAGUGAAUCCACACUGGCUGUUAGGUAAGAGUGGACCUGGAUGCCGUGGGCCACCGUGUUCUACUUGUCAUCUUGCCCCUGUCAUCCUUCCAGCCUUUCCCUAUGUGACCACUUCCUGCCCCUUGUAGGUGUUUCUUCCUUUCCAAGACUCUGAGACUGUGGUUGGAGGAGUUAAGAAGCCCAAGGCCAGGAACUCAGAGGCUCUGCUGAAGCCUCUGACUUGGGUUUCCCUGCGUUCUCACCACGUUCCCUGUGAGUGGGCACCUGCUUUGUUCUACUCAUUGCUUCCUGACUUAGCCCUUUGGUUCGUCAUUUGAUGCCCGUCCUGGAGACUGUAGUGUAAGCCUCAGCCACUGUGGCUAGGGUUCCACUCUGAAACCUCCCUGUCACCUAUCUGGACUCCAUGUUUCCAUCUCUUGCCCACCUGCCAGAGUUGCCCUGCCCCCACUCAGUCAUCUGCUCCUGUUUCUGGGACCUCCCCGAACUCCUGCUGUAACUCCAGGUCCAUUGGCAGGUCCUACUAUUCCUGUGCUCAUGGACGGUCAUUGUAUUUGAGUCUCUCUGAUCUUACUUCACCCCAUUCACAGGGGCAGGAAACUGCUAAAUUUGAGUCUCUUCUUCUCUUUAUUCAUAAUACAACAAGCAGAUUUUCCACUGACCAGAGAUUAUUUGCAAUCCCUUUAUUUCCUGAAAGAAUUAAUUGUUCUUAGUCACCAGUUGGAUGCACCCAGGGACCUGAGAGAAUAAUUUGCAAGAUCUGUUAUUAAUCAUGAGGAUGCAUGCUGCAUAUUAUAUUUUAUGGUGUCUUUUAUAGCCACAGAAGUAAAUAUAAAUGUUCAAGGUAAAGGUUACUCGCUUUUCACUUUUAGUUUAAUGGUCGGCUUCCUGCUGUCCUGGGAUCUAAAACAUCAGCAUGUUGCCAGUGGGCCCAGCACCCAGGACAGUUAACCAGGGAGAGUAAAGAAUCUGGGAGAGUUUGGGGGUAUAGGGCAACUUAAAAGUAGGAGGGAAGUUAGCUGAUGAUUUUUGAGUGCCUUUCUCGGGGAGAAACCAUGCUGGGCUCUUUGUAAAAAAGUUACAUCAUUGAAUUGUUCCAUCAGCUCUGUGAGGGGGAAGGUCAUGAGAGGGAAGGGUCAUCUCCGUAGAGAUAGGAAUCAAGGCUCAGGGAGGGUUAGUAAUUUUCCUGAAGUCACACAGCUGUUAAGUGGGGGCCCAUGCUUUAUUUUUUAUUCCCAGUGCUGUAGAUCUACAUCACACUCGCUCUUUGGCCUGUCAAACGUGCCCGAAUUGAGUCUCAAAAACCCUGAUUUCAGAAGGGAUUGGGUUUUCCGUGGAGGCAGGGGAGUCCAGCAUACUGGCUGGGGCCCAGGGCAGGGCGGAGCUGGCCCGCUGUGGCCUGCAUGCAGUUCUGAAGUGUCAGAGUUAGUGCCGAGUCCACAGGCUUCAGGGUGUAGUUCCCACAAGACGGUUCUCACUUCAGACACAGGCUGCAGGUUUGGGGGGGUCACCAGGACACACGCACUUCUGACCAACUGGCUUUAAAUGUGGGUGUUCCCACACCCCAGACUCAGUAAUUUGCUAAAAUGGACUCAGAACUCAGGAAAGCAAUGUACUUAGGAUUACAGUUUGAUCAGGACCAGCCAAAUGAAGAGGCACAUGAGGCAAGGUCUAGGAGGAUCCUGAAUGCAAAGCUUCCAUGUCCUCUCACGUGGCAUCAGGACACAUCACCCGCUCGGCGUAUCAGUGUGUUCACUGAGCUUUAGUGUUCAGGGUUUUUAUUGGGAUUUCCUUGCAUGGACAUGAUUGAUAGAAUCACUGAUCACAUGAUUGAACUCAGUCUCCAGCCUGCCCUUCUCUCUCCUCCUUGCAGAAGGUGGGCUGAUAUCACCCCCAUCCUGGGUCCUCAAGUAAAAACUCAGGUGUGAUCUGAGGGGUACACCCUGAAAAACAGGAACACUCCUGUUGCUGAGAAAUUCUGAGGAGCUACAGUUAUGUCCCAGGAGCUGGGGACAAAGACCAGACAGAUUCUUUAUUGUACAAUAACCACUCUGGUGUCUUCUUGUCCUGUGCCCUUGGCCCGAGGUAUGUCUUUAUGGACUGACUGCGCGGGCCUGUGCCUUCUGGUUGGCCUGGGUGGAGCCAUAUCUGGAGCCCAGAUUCCCUCCCUGUCUCUGUUCUGUGGGUCAGCGACAGCAUGGCUGAGCUUCUGUGCAGGACCUUGCUCUGAUCCCUUCUCUGGCCUCUGGAACUUGCCCUGAAUUGAUUUGGGUUUGAUGUUUCCCAAUAAAAUCCUGUGACUUCCCUCUCCCAGCAGUGACAACGUGUCACAUUGGGAAGUCACCACCAGCUUACCCUGAAGAGUGUUUUCCCUUUUAACACUUAAAUACUUACUCAGUUUAGGUGUGGGCUUCUUUGAUUUGGGCAACAUGGAUAUUUUCCCCCUUCCUC